AUGGGUCAAAUCCAUGGUAUAUCAGAAGGUUUGGAAGAAUUAAUCCCAGAUGAAUACAAUCGUUGCAAACUAUUCUCAUUUUCCCUAGAGGGAGAAGCUCUCAGAUGGCUAAACUGUUUAGCAACAAAAUCCCUUACUUGUUGGGAAGAGAUUAGAAACGCCUUCCUUAAGAAAUUUUUCGAUGAUGAGCGCUACUGGGAAGUAAGGAGACAAAUCUUUACAUUCCGCCAAGAUCCACGUGAAUCGUUUAAAAACGCAUGGGGAAGAGUCAGGAGCUAUGAACUUGAAUGCCCCCAUCAUUGUUAUUCAGAACCACAAUUCUUUAACUUCUUCUAUAGAGGUGUUAAUUUGAGAUGCAAAACUACACUCGACACAGCGAGUGAAGGAACUUUCGUCACUAGGAGCCCCGAAGAUGCUAGGCGCCAUAUCGAAAACGUAGUCACGGGAAAAUCCUAUGAAAAGAUGGAUGAAGAAAUAGGAAAUUCGAUAAAUUUAGAAGAUAAUUCAGAUUUGGUAAAGAUCAAGAAUUCCCUCAAUUCGCUUCACUCUUUUCUACAGAAUCAGCACCGAUCUGAUAUAGCCCAGAUCGAAAAUGAUGUCUUGUCUGAUAUGAAAAAUCAAUUAGAAGAAGAAACGAGCUGUUCAGACCCUUAUCUAGUGUUUAACAUUGAUAGCUUCACCCAAGCCUAUGAUAUUACUGUGAAAUCACGCACUGGAAAAGAGAAGUUCAAUAUCAGACAAGCCAUUACUGGCAACCAUAAAAGAAAGUCAGAUUUUUACGGAAAAAUAAAUAUGGUUUACGGAAAGUUAAUGGAAAAAGCAGAUUCUUUGAGUGAACUUAUCCGAAAAUUAGAAAGUCAAGUAGCUGAAAUUGCGACUGCCAUUAAAAGAGAAAGAGGACGUCUUCCCGGGAGGACUGAUUUAAACCCUAGACGUCAAGUCAGUGCCGUAAUGUUGCGUAGCGGAAAACGUCUCGCGACAAACACGAAGAACAAUACCGAAAUUGGAAAAUCUGCCAAUGCUGAUGAAACAAGCAAAAGCAAUUCUCAGCCUAUACUUCUUGAUGACCCUGACCCAAAACCUUCUUGCGAAAACAGGAAGUCUACCGCUGAAAAAGAUAAGGAAAAGACUAUAGACUUAGAAGUAGAAGACGAUCCGGAAAUAGAGGCCGAAAUCGAUCGACAAUAUGCACCUUCGAUAAAGAAGUAUAUGAAGGAUAUUAUGUCUCCAACCAAUCCAACUGUGGAACAAAGCAUUAUGAUGGUGUCAGAGGAAGUAAGUGCUCUGAUUCAAGGAGAAACUCCAACUAAGAGGCCUGAUCCUGGUAGUUUCAUCCUAGAUUGCAAUAUACAAAACACGCGGUUUCCUCGAUCAUUAUAUGAUCUUGGCUCUAGCUUGAAUCUCAUGCCUUACUCCGUCGCAGUAACCUUGGGAUUCAAUGAGUUUAUGUCAACUCCGAUUACCCUAGUUCCGGCCGAUCAGUCUAUCAGGGUACCCGAAGGGAUACUCGAAGCUACAGCUGGAGCGAUCAUUGAUGUGAAAGAAGGACGAAUAAAUUUGAACAUCGGGGACAUCUCGAUGACCUUUGAUAUGGAAAAGCUGAUCAAGCGACCAUUGAUAGAUGACCAAGCCUUCUAUGUAGAAGAAGUUUCUGAGCUGGAAAAGGAAUCUUUCAUAGACAUGUGCUCAGACGACCCCAUAGAAAACGCUCUUACCCAUAUCGAAAAGAAAAUCUUCAGCAUAGAUAAUAGGACAGACAAUUAUGUGCGACUGAUGGACGCAAGCAUCGAGGUUGCAAACAUCGAAGAAGAUGACGACUAA